CUCCCCCUAAGAUCAAGCAGAAUCCACCCAAUCCUAAGAUCUAUCGUGAUUUAGCAGCAUAAAGAACAUUUGCAGCAUAAGUAAAGCCCAGCACUGGACUUAGCCAAAAGAUAUGGAACAAAUAGAGCUAUAAAAACACCUUCAAUGCAAAAGGGCACAAAAUGGGACUGUAAUCAAAUCAUGCAAUAGUCUUUCUAUGAAAAGAUCAUAGUUAGCAAAAGAUACGAGAUAAUGACUAACCAGACCACAACCAACAAGUCGAAACAACAUCAUACCAGUUAUCACCAUAAAAAAAAAUUAUUGCCUUACACAUAUGGUAGGAGCUCUCAUUGUUGAGAAGCAAUAGACUUCCUGCAGUUCCCAAUCCCAACUUCUGAAAUAUCAAAUAUCAUUUUGCUUUUUAACCCAAACUUGUUUGAGUAUGGGUUUCCAAUGCCAUGAAUAUCGAGGAAUAGCUUUAUGACAACUUCUACUAAAAUGGCCAGGUUGUAAGCAUGCAAAACAGUUUAAUAAACAAACCUUGUUAAAGCUAUUAUGAUGAGAUUGAUUAGGUCUAAGAUUGGUCUUCCUCUUCUCACAAUGCAAUCUCUUAUGCACAUGCUUGUGGUUGACGUUCGAUGUGGAAUGCUUUACUCUUCUGCUAACAACCUUAGGAGAAUGGCAUUGAGAUUGACUUGAAAGGUGCUUUCUAGCUAUGUUAGGUUCUUUAAAUGUUGACAUACUGGUUGGUUUGCUGCCAGAGAAAGAAGCAUAUGAUGAUUUAUGUUCUAACAACUUAUAUAGAUGAUUCUUGUCCAUUCUAAGGACCUCAUUUUCAUGUUGCAGCUCAACAAUCUUAAUGUAGUUUAGCUCUGUGGUUCUAGUAAGGUUGACUACAUCAGUAGUCUUUUUACGAACCUCUUCCCAAAAACAACAAUACUUAAUUUUUAAGCAAUGACACUCAUCUUCUAAGUUUUUCAGAGCAGACAGGAAAUUGUCAAAAUUUACCUUGGAUGAUUUGGUAUCUGACCUUACUUGGAUAUUGGCUGAUUUGAAGUAUAUCUCCUUAUCACAUUCAGAUGCACUGGCUUCAUCUUUAAGAGUGAACGCCAUAUAUUCUUUUUCUUUGAUUAUAUCAUCAUCUGAUCCCGAUUCAUACUCACUCCAAGUAGGCAACAUCUAGGUUCUUGUGCCUUUACACUCUGAGGGCAGUUUGCACGAAUGUGGUCAGAUUUGCCAGAUUUGUAACAGCCUUGCGACUCCUUCUCUACUUGCACAUAAGUCUCUGGUCUGCUGUGAAAGCAACAUAUCAUGGAAAAAUUGUUUGUUACUAUCAUAAGAACUAGGCUUAUCUAAUUCUCCACCUUGACGUUUCUACUCGGACUUGUACUUUAGCAUUCUAUGAAACUAUCGAUUGACUAGAGCAAAUUCUUUAUCAAAUUCAUUAUCAUUAUCUGACUCAUAGUCAUGAACUUGGUACUUGAAAGCUAAAGAGUGCCUGCGUUUUUCAUCAUCACGGCCAACCUGAUUAAGGACAUGCUCGUGACUGAGCAAUGACCCGAUUAGCUCAUAUAUAGCCAAGGUAUUAAGGUUUCUAGCUUCUUAUAUUGCUGCCCGUUUAGGUAACCAUUCCUUAGGGAGGGACCUAAGAAUCUUCCUAAUAAGGUCUUUAGUAACAAAGGUUUUACCUAAUCCCUUAAGCUUGUUGAUUAAUAUGGUGAAUCUAGAGUACAUGUCGUGAAUGUUCUCACCUGGCAUCAUGUCAAAGGCCUCAUAUUCAUGCAUAAGGAGAUUGAUACAGGUCUCCUUGAUGUUAGAUGUGCCCUCAUACGUCGUUUCAAGAGUCCUCCAGAUUUUGCGAGUGGAGUCAUAGUUCUCAACCUUGUCGGCUUCGUCGGGCACCAUGGCGGAGACCACAAAUUCUGUUCAUCAGUAUUCAUCGCGAGCGGGCCGUCUCGAACAACCAACCAAAGGUCUUCCUCGACUCCCCAUAGAAACGUCUUCAUAUGUUUCUUCCAUGACGUGAAAUUUGAGCCAAUGAAGAUAGGAGGGGAGUUGAGAACUGCACGACCAAAAUUCAAAGACGCCCUGGAUCUUUUACUUGGCAGCAGUUAGCUUCGUCAAGCUCCUACUCUGAUACCACUUGUUAACCGAGUCAGAGGAUGAACUUAGGGAUUUUGACCCAAAACAAAAGUCAACAAAGAAAAUUGAAAACGAAAAGGGAAAGAGAAGAUGAAGCUGAGAAGCUUAUGUUUCUUCUCAAUAGAUGGUCACGAAAGUGGGCUCUAAUGGCCAAAGCCCAAUGUGAAAAUGGAAUGAAUAAAAAUAACAACGUGGGCUUAAGCUUCAAAGCCCAAAGGUAAAAUAAACAAAUGCUAAAAACCAGUUGCUCAUCUUCUUCCUACAGUUGUCGAAGGAAAAACAACAGGGAGGCAUAAAACAGAGACUACUAGACGCACAGUUGAACAUGAAAAGUAAGAGCAACAAACAAGUAAUGAACACACGAUUUUUAACGAGGUUCCCAAUCUACUGGUCAGUCCUCUUCCUAGAAUCAGUACCCACUGAUUUCUAGGAAACUCUUUAUAUUAUGUUUUCUCCUAUCAAACAUAAACUGAAACAAAGACACAAAUACGAUAAAGAAAGAACAGAGUAACCAAUUCCCGGAUCCCAACCAAAUACGAUAAACAAAGACACAAAUACGAUAAGAGAUUCGCUAUUCUGAUUUUCCUUUCCCAAACCGUCCAACAUAUACUACUCGAAAAAAAGAAAAAAAAAUCUUCAUCUAAAAAGGUGGCUAUUGAGCAAAAAAAGAAGAGAAAAUUUGCCUCCAGGAAGUUAGAUAACAUAGCAACUGAUUUUACUUCUAGCCAAAUAUUGUAUGAAGAACAAAUUAUUAAAUAUGUUGGGAGUGACAUAUUUGCUAGGUAAGUUUAUGUUCAUACUCUUUGUAUACGUUUAUUCAUUAGUUUGUAUUUUUCUUCUCGGUUAAUGAAUUUAACUGAAUAUGUUUGCAUACAUAUGUAACAAUGAAAUUCUUGUCGAUGUAGGUGGUGCUAAGUAUUGCUUGUCACAGAAGGAUACUCAAACAACAUGUGUUGAGAAUGUUUUAUCAAUCAAAUUUCUCAAUUUUUAUGUGGACAAUUUCAUUUGUACUUCUUGUGACAAUGGAUGCUAUGUAUUAUUCAUAAUGAUUUUAUACUUUGAUUAUGUAGUGUGUACACUUUACGUUAACCAUUGUGUUUGUUGAUCUUUGAUGUUGUUCUUUAUGUGCAGUGGCUUUUCUCAUAUUGUAUGGAUGACCAUUUUAUGGUAUUUUGAGUAACUUGAAGGAUAGUCAUUUAGAAUACCUUGAAUCCUAUCCUGAUAAGCAUUUUCUAGAUCUGUAUAUGAUGGAUGGAGAACUGGUCGUCCAGUAUGCAACACCUUACAUUCAACACCUCAUGCCAGGAAAGUAUAACUUUCGUAGCGACUUCAAAUGGUAGAAGCUCACUAUCCCAUAUAAUGAUUUCACUAGUGGCAGCAUUAUAUGUCUAAACUACUGUGAAAAAUGGGAAGGUGUGGCUACUAAAGACAAUGAAGAAAAAUGAUCUUCUCAUUCCUACAUUUUCAGAAGGAAGAUUGAAGUUCUGCUUAGUUUGCUGAAUAGUCCAAGGAACUUGUUUAUCACACAAUUGAAGUCGUAGGUGGCUUUUAAUGAAGACUCGUUGAUGACAUGAGGGAGCCAAAGUACUAGGUAUUUGCUUGACAACUAAUGGAAUAGGGGAUCAAUAGUAACUUUUUUGUAAUCCAUUAGAGUAUGCACUAGUAUUACUUUUUGUUACUUUUGUUUGUAAUGAGGUAGACAUAUGAAUAGUAGUGUGGUUGUUGGUGUUAUGUUUUGUGUUGUUGGGACUUGGGACACAAGGCUAUUGCGUACCAUAAAUUUUUGUGAAUGUU